GCCAUAAACAGAAGAAGAGCAGUGACAGGCAGCUGGUGACAGCCGGAGUGGACCGUCACUGAACCGUCACUGAACCCGGACCAAGCGGACUAAUCAGCUGCACAUACACACACACUCACACACACUCACACACACUCACGCAGCUCGACAGAAACACAGCGUUAACACCCGCUGCUUACGAGUUGUAGCUUUUGCAACUUUUAUCCGAGUAGCUUCGGGCGAACUGCCGCGACUAGUCCAAGUACUGUUGUGUGUUACCACUGGUGCUGAUGGCAAACUGAGUGAACACUGUUGCUUCGAGUUUUAGCUAAGGCAGCUAGCUAACGCUGGAUGGGAAAACUAGCUAGCAAGUAGCUAGGCAGUGUUUACAGUACACAUCGAUUAUCGACAUCGGCUAGCCUACUGCGUGAGACUGAUACGUUCCCGACAAACGCCAGCCUGGUUGCUACUUUUCAGAGAUGGGUGACAUAAACCCAUCGACAUCGCAUGCAUUUGAGUCAGAGGGUUUUAGUCCGCCAUACAGAAGGAGGAGGACAGUAGAGGAUUUUAACAAGUUCUGCACUUUUGUAUUGGCCUAUGCCGGUUACAUCCCAUACCCCCAAGAGGACUCUCCACUGCGCAGCAGCUCCAGCCCCCCCAACAGUACAGGCAGCACAGCUGACAGUGAUGGCUGGACCCCUGGACCCCCGUCCUCCUGCCCACAGCGCCCUCCCAAAGGCCCUCAGGACAGGGCCCGCAAACGUCCACAGCCAGGGGCCACAUUAUCAAGCCACACCAAAAAAGAUCACACAAUCACCACCCUGCAUGCAGAUGACCGCAGGAAAACUGAGAAACUAAAGAAGAAGAAGAGGAGAAAGGAGAGAGAGAACCAGAUUGGUGAGCCAAGUGUCACGCAGCAGGCUCACUCGACAGUCUCAGAGCUACCGGGUCCCCUCUCUCUCAGUGGCCGAACAAUUAAAGAAGAGCCUGAUGAGGACAUCACCAUUCCCCUCCACCCUCCUCAUCCACAGCGUCUGCCGAGCCCUUCCCAUUGUAAGCAGGAGCCCAAGGCAGAACACACCAGCUGGGAUGGUCAGGACCUACAAGAAGGGGUGGUGAAGGUGGAGAAGGUGGAGGGGUUUUCCGGGAACAGAACGGUGUUCCGCCAGGGAAAACAGGUUGUGUUCCGAGACGAGGAUGGAUCAGGGGAGGACGAAGACAUCAUGGUGGACUCUGAUGACGACUCGUGGGACCUGGUGACAUGUUUCUGCAUGAAGCCGUUCGCGGGCCGGGCCAUGAUUGAGUGUAAUAAGUGUAACACCUGGAUCCACCUGUCAUGUGCCAAGAUCCGCAAGAGCCAUGUCCCGGAAACAUAUGUGUGCCAGAGCUGCCGAGAGACACAUGGUCCCCCGGAUGCUCGCCGCUCCCACCGCUCACGCAUGGGCCCUCGCAAACAUCUGCUAGACUGACCCCAGGACGAACACUGAACUCUAACCCCAGCCACUCCUGUUUUCUCGCACCUGCUGGACUGACUCUUCCUCAGAUUCAACGUCCGAUGACCUGCGUGGCCAGCACUGGACCCACAUUUUCUAUAAACAUUUUGGUGGACCUAUCCCCAGCCCCUCUCCCGUUUGAGAACAAUUCGAGUGCUAUUUUAGAUUUCCUAAGGUUUGUUUCUGCUUCCCUACAGACUCUGUGCGUAAGGCAAUCAAUGAAUGGAUGUCUGUCUGUAGUUGGCGUUAGCAGCAAACCGCUACUGUUGGGACUUGGUGUCUCGUGAACACUGGAAACAUUUGAACUGCCAUAGAGAAUACCCUGACAACUGCCACCCACUAUGGUGCAUGCUGGGAUUUGUAAGAAAGACGGUUUGCACUUGUUUCUGUUUUUUCCUUCUUUUUUUUCUCCAUUUUUAUUCCAUCUGACUUUUCUAUGAUACAUAAAGUUAUGUCUUUGUGUCUAAACUGGAUUCAGUUUCAGCCUCUAUACAUGUUACAUUAUUCACGGUUUUUAAAAUGAGUUAAUUCAUCGCUUCAGAUGGUGCUAUACUAUUAUACUGAGGUGUAAGAUGUAGGCUAGACAACAGUCUGCAUCUCAUUCAUCUACAUUGUUUUGUGAUCAAGGACAUUGUGAAAGAGUAUCAUUGAGGGUCUACGCCAGCACAACUGAAGUGAACGCUUGUCCCUCUGCCUUCUUGUUCACUAGCUGUCUUCCUGCCUCAACCUCUCCUCUGAAUCAAGAUGUUACUUGUUCACCAGUGGAGCUUUCACACACAUGUGCACACACACUGCAUUUUUUUUGUUUGUUGUUGUUUUUUUUUUUUGUUUGUUUUUUGUUUUUUGUUUUUUUUAAUUAACCGGUGUUCUUUUUUAAUUUCAUGGAGUUCUGUUUCUGACAAUUUCAUGAUCAAUAAUCUUGUUAUUUCACAAUCAAAAAAGGCAAAUGUUGACAAGAGCCAGAUACUGACAUGUUUGCAGAUCCCUGAUUUUGAGAAAGGGUGAUUUCUGUUGCCUCCAGUCAGCCUGAUUUUGCUACAAUUAAGCACAGGGUUGCAUAUUGUGGUACUGUUAAAGGGUUGAACUUUUUUUUUCUUUUUCUUGCAAACCGUGAAUUAGAUUUCCCUUGGCUUAAACAAUUUCAUGUUCAAGACAAUGUUUGUUUUCAAAGAUAAGUCUAUAUUUAUAGAAGGGAACUUUGUUUGGCCGUCCUGUUUAAGCACCAACUUCAAUGGGGAAAAAAGCUAUCUUCAAAAGGGUGAUGUACACAGUAAACUGGAAUAGUGUUGUUAGAGAUAUUCUCUCUGGGCCUGAGUGAAAUUAUGCAUGAGAGUGUGUGUGUUUGGUUAGUGAAAAUUGCGUGAGUGUGUAAAUGUUGGCAAUGCAUGUGCUGCUAUGAGUUGUCUAAACUAGGUCCAUGGUUUCUCAGUAGUCUUGGUGAGACAAAGGAGAGGAUGUCUGCUUAGUGCCAUGGACAGGGUAAAUCUGGAUUGCUAGUUUCUAGAUUUGGACUAGAGGAACGGAUCUUUUCCUCUCAUCACCUCUUGCUAAAGUUUUCACAGCAGUAUUCAAUUACUUCACACGUUCAGUGCGUUAAAUAAUAAAUAAAUAAAAAAAAGAAAGAUUUAUAUUUCAGGGCUCUUUUGUUCCUAAAAUUUCUUCCAAUUUGGACUAAAGAUUUUAAGCUUUGUUAUGCACAUGUCAUCAACUGUUCAGCCUGUUUGUGUGGGAUACAUGAUUUCUAAAGAGAUAAAAGCCAUAGAUUACAUGAAAGUGACAGAUUUUAGACACAACCUUUUGAUGCUAGUCUGUGAUGGGAUUUUACAAUGCAGAAUCAAUGAUCUGACCAGGGAACGACUAUCACUCAGUGAAUGUGGUUAGUAGAGAGCUGAUUAAACUUCCUAGUAGUUUAAAGGUACACUCAUCUCCUGGUCUUUAGAAAUGCUGGUUAACUGGUCCAUAUCCAGCAGUCACCCAUGUCUCGAUGGCCUUAAGACAUAAGGUUCCCAUCUUGAAAGUCUGCUGUUUCUCAAAACAUUAAAGUCUUAAGGAGAACUUUUUAUGUCUUUAAGAUCUCUUCAGGCACACAUUGUUAAUUUAAGCCCGCUGCGUCUUAAGACAUCAGUGUAAUUAAUGUAACAAUUCUCAUUGUGAUACAGCUUUUAUGUUUAUUCUGAUCCUGGGUUGUCCUAUCCCCCUAUUGAGAAAGCGUUGUCUGUACUGUGGUGCAAACUGUUUCUGUGAAACUAUUGUAAACUAUUGUAAAUAAAGAGUUACGAUUUUAACCCGA